AUGUCUGUCUCACCUGUGAGAUCAACGAUUUCACCGCUUGCAGGAAUUACCAGUACAGGUAGUCGCUUAAACGCAGUUGACCAUGAAGUGGAUUUAAGUGCUCUCCAGUCAAGCGACAUUGCUCUUGGCGACGUUGGUGCCUCAUUUACCGAGGACCAAAAAUUCUUCAUUUUGAGAAGAAUGUACUUGGAUGGUUUGUUAAGCUUAGAACAUCUCCCUCCUUCGGCCACUUUUUUGAUUGAAAAAAUGGAAAGCUUAACAGAAGAGGAAUCACUCGAGAUUUUGAGGGAAUAUUUAGUCAACUUUGAAGACGAUUGCAACAUUUCAACAGCAGAUUAUAAUCUUAUCCAGCGAUUAGUUGCAUUGGCGGCAGCAGAUUUUGGCACGAGUGAUGGUAUCAAAGAAAAGCUAGGCCGACAAAUUGACGGAAAGUCCGAAGCAGCAGAUGACCUGGUGGAGGUCGGAUCCUCCAGUGCUGUCGAUGAAGAUCUUCCGAAGGCAGAUAUUCAAUAUGAAUACCAUAAAAUCACCGAUUUGCCAUUCCAACUCAAGGUCGAGGUAGGUUUGAUUGCUUACCAUUCCCCUUAUGCUACUGUCAGAAGUGUCACUGAACCAUACGACGACCCAACUGUUCCGUGUGAAACUAUUCGAGUUUAUGUUGUCGGAAUUAUUUGGACUGCUGUUGGAUCAGUUAUCAAUCAGUUCUUCAUAGAAAGACAGCCAUCAAUUAGUUUCGACGCGCUGGUAGCUCAAGUUUUCAUUUACCCAUCCGGCGUACUUCUUUCUUAUAUUCUUCCAAAGUGGAGUCUCAAAGUGUGGAAGUAUAGUUUCGAUUUGAAUCCAGGUCCAUGGACCUAUAAGGAGCAAAUGCUUGCAACUUUAUGUUACUCGAUUUCUGGUGCUAGUCCAUACGCUGCCUCGAAUAUUCUUGUUCAGAAGAUGCCCAUUUUUUACAAUAACCAAUGGGUCGACUUUGGGUACCAAGUUCUCUUGAUUUUAUCGAGUCAGUUUCUCGGAUUUGGACUAGCAGGAAUCAUGAGAAGGUUUGUGGUUUAUCCAGUUCAAUCCAUUUGGCCAACUAUUUUGCCCACCAUUGCGUUGAACAAGGCAUUGACCCUCCCAGAGAAGAAGGAAAACAUUCAUGGAUGGACCAUUUCGAGAUACUACUUCUUCUUUGCAACAUUCUUCGGUUCUUUUCUUUACUUCUGGAUUCCAAACUACCUUGCCCAAUUUCUUUCGACAUUCAACUGGAUGACAUGGAUCAAGCCCACAAACUUAAAUCUUGCCAACAUUACUGGAUCAGUGUCUGGAUUAGGUUUGAACCCAAUUUCAACCUUUGACUGGAAUAUUUUGAAUUAUGGCUUACCGUUGACUAUCCCAUUCUAUUCCACAAUGAACCAAACAAUUGGCUGGAUCGUUGGAUUUGUCAGUAUUGUUGGAGUGUACUACUCGAACCACUUGUGGACCCAAUACAUUCCCAUCAAUACUAACGGAUUGUAUACUAAUACCGGUAAGCCUUACGCCGUUACUCAGGUUUUAAAUGAAAAGGGUCUUUUUGACGAGGCCAAAUAUCAAGAAAUUGGACCACCAUUUUAUUCUGCAGCGAGUCUCGUUGGUUAUGGUGCUUUCUUUGCCAUAUACCCGUUUGCUUUCGUUUAUGAACUUGUCGUUAACUGGAAAGUCAACUCCUUUGCCUUGAAAAGUCUUUUCCAGACCAUCAAAAACUUUCAUCGUUCCAAUUAUGAGGGGUUCAAUGAUCCCUUUAGUAGACUGAUGGCUCGGUACAAGGAGGUUCCUGACUGGGUGUUCAUAUUGAUCCUAGUGAUCUCCAUUGUCUUGUCUAUCUUGUGCGUUAAGCUUUAUCCAGCGGAGACACCAGUGUGGGGUAUCUUCUUCGCCCUUGGCAUCAAUUUUGUCUUCUUGAUUCCUUUGGCGUCAAUCUAUUCGAGAACCGGUUUUUCGUUUGGUUUGAACGUGUUAGUCGAGCUUAUUGUCGGUUAUGCCUUGCCAGGUAAUGGUCUUGCCUUGAUGUACAUUAAAGCAAUUGGGUACAACAUCGAUGGUCAAGCAGAGAAUUAUAUCACCAAUCAGAAACUUGCACACUAUGUCAGGAUACCACCAUGGUCAAUUUUCAGAGUGCAAAUUGUGUCUGUUUUCAUCUGUUGUUUCAUUACUUUGGGCAUUCUUAGUUUCCAGAUGAAUGACAUCAACGACUACUGUGACCCAUUGAACAAACAGAAGUUCACUUGCGCAUACUCAAGAACCUUUUACGCCGCAUCAGUGUUGUGGGGAGUGAUUGGACCAAAGCGAGUAUUCAACGGAUUGUACCCAAUUUUGCGGUACUGCUUUUUAAUUGGAUUCUUGUUGACAAUUCCAGCUAUCCUUUUCAAGUGGUACGGACCAAAGAAAUAUACCAAAUAUUUCCAACCAACGGUCAUUAUUGGUGGAUGUACGGUCUUUGCUCCAUACAACCUCUCAUAUUUUAUUGGAGGUUUAUACUUGGCUAUUGCAUUCAUGUGGUACCUUAAGGAAAGAAAGCCAGGGUGGUGGGAGAAAUACAACUAUCUCUUCUCGGCUGGUAUGACUGCAGGAGUUGCUUUCAGUGGAAUCAUUAUUUUCUUUGCUGUCCAGUAUCAUGACAAAAGUAUCAUUUGGUGGGAAAAUACAGUGAUGUAUGCUGGAUUGGAUGGCCUUGGUGUUGCUGCUUUGAAUGCUACAAUUUCUGCUCCUGAUGGGUAUUUUGGACCUAGGAAGGGUCACUUUCCAUGA